CUUGUGAAUAUUUCGCGCCAUUUCACUCAUCAUAGUUAUUCACUGUGUUCUCCUUCUAUGGUGAAGUUCGAAGUGCAACUCUAAGCAUGCCGAGAACAGAGAUGAAAGCUUUCCUAGAUGAUGGUCCCAAACAAUACUUUAUGUUGAUUGACAAAACUGCCAUCAAUCCUGUUGAUGGUGUUGAAAGUGAUGCAAUCUUUUACAAACUCCGACAUCCUUGCACAGAUAACAGCAGCAUAUUUCUCUUCACUCAUAAGAAUCAAAAUGUAUUUGAAGUUACAAACUACAAAGAAGAAUUUCGCUCUUGGUUAUUUAACAAUUAUGUUGUUGAAGAUGGCUCCCUGUUGUUUGUCUCACCUGUUGAUCCCCUUUUCCUUAUUUUACCCUACUUAAUAAAGGCAGAAAAGAAGACUGGAAAGUUUAUGACUAUUGAUCACAUGCUUGAAGAUGACCAGUAUCUUGACAUACAUCACCUUUCUGAAAGUGUGAGAGUAAAAGAUCUCUCGCUAAUCACAGAUGUUAAAAAAAGUGAUAGUAUUGUUGCUUGUCGUUAUUCUGAGGAGAAAACUUUAUCUUGGCUCCAACGUAAGGUACAAAAGGUAGCCAAGGUUUUUUCUGAAAAAGGGGUGCAUGUCUCAGAAGGUGUUGCACAUUCAAAGACAUACAUAAAGACCAUGAAAGAAAAUCCUCAUUUAAAAGAGGAAGCCAUGUUAUAUGCAUGUGGUAUGGUGUCUAAUUACAUCUGUGAUGACUUGCAGAAGAAAUUGAAAGAGAAACUAGGUCUUAAAGAUGAAGAGCUACAGAAUCCACCACCAAAAAAGAAAAUUAAAAUUGAUAAUUCUUUGGGGCCAUCUGAAGAUUAUAGCCAGAUGAAGAAAACCACAGAACAAACUAAAAGUCAGAAACAGACAUUGGCCCAAAAGAAACUCAGCCAAGUUGAUAAAUCAGGAAUGAAGUCAAUCUCUAGUUUCUUUUUUAAGUCAAAAUCUUAACUGAAUUCCAAUUCUAGCUACUGGUAUGGCUGCUUAGUUAGAGCAACAUGUGUUAAUAGCACAACACACUAAUGCAAAGCAUUAGGACUAGUGUUAUAUAAUGUACAUGUGUGUGUGUGUGUUUGUAUAUAUAUCCACUCACAUGUAUAGUAUAUAAUAUAUAUAUAUAUAUACAUACACAUACAUAUGCAUGUAUAUAUAAUAUAUAUAUAUAAUAUAUAAUAUAUGUAUAUAUAUAUAUAUAUGUACACAGACACAUGUUUGUUUCAUUCAGCUGAUAUUAUUAACAUUAUAUCAAACACAUUAAUGUUCGUAGCUGAGUUAAAAUAUACCAGUGUUAUAAAAUAUUUUACUGUUUGUAGAGCUGAGCUCUUACUUGAGACACAAACGAAAUAAAUCACUACAUGACCUCAUUUUUGAUUCAGGAAGAAUAUACUAGAAUAUGUAAUUGUAAAAUUGUAUUUAGAUCAAGUAUUUGAAAGAUUGUGAUCUAAGAGUGUGGAUUGCCUUCUUUCAUGAAAUUUUUGUAGUCCAUUAUUAAAAUGGAUAUUCUUGAGAAUAAAAAUUCUACAACUUCA